AUGAUACUUUCUGUCAAAUGUUCAGCCUCCCCACUUCCAAGAACAAUCGGGAACCUUGAUUUUGAUGUAGGCGUUGCUAAUUUUAUACAAAAUCCAAUAAAUUAUGAAAUACAUACGGGAGGUAUUCAGCCGCCAGAAGUUCAUAUAUAUUGUCCUGGUCUUGAUGUUGAUAAUGAUGCACUAAAUGUUGCUAGUAGAAGUCAUCAAUAUGAUCCGGCUGGCGUCAUGUUUGAUUAUGCUGAUGUUAGUCAUGAUGAAACAAUUGAUAAACUCGAAUUUAGAAGAUUUACUAAUCCUACUGUUGGUUUCAAACCAGCGAAUAUAUCGCAUAAUCUCACAAUAAAUAAUUCAAAUAUCAAUAUAACAUUUAAUCUUACUACUAUAAUUCAAACAACAACUUUACCAACAAUAUUAGUCUCAUUUUUAAAUGCAUCAUUUUAUUCAUCUUUUAAUUUUACUACGUCAUCUUUAGAUAUUAAUAAUUCUCUACCAGUUUGUAAUUUUUCUAUAUCAAAUAAUAAUACAUCAAUAUAUCAAGUAACUAUAAAUCAAACACUUUAUUCAUAUGAUAUUAUUGAAGAAAAUCAUGGUAAAGAUUUAUAUCCAGGUGGACAUUAUAUUCCAAAAGAAUGUCGAACAGAACAACGUUUAGCUGUUAUUAUAUGUUAUCGUAAUCGUGAACAACAUUUAAAAAUGUUUCUUAAUCAUAUUCAUCCAUUUUUACAAAAACAAAAACUUGAUUAUACAAUAUUUGUUGUCAAUCAGUAUGGAAAUGAUCCAUUUAAUCGUGCUGCUUUAUUUAAUGUUGGUUAUUUAGAAGCUAUGAAAUUAUAUCCAUAUGAUUGUUUUAUUUUUCAUGAUGUUGAUCUUUUACCAGAAGAUUUACGAAAUAUUUAUAAAUGUGGAGAUCAACCAAGACAUAUGUCUGUAGCUAUGGAUAAAUUUAAGUAUGCUAUACCUUAUUCAGAGUUCUUUGGUGGUGUAACAGCAUUUCAUUCAUCAGAUAUUCUUGGUACAAAUGGUCAUCCAACAGUUUAUUGGGGAUGGGGUGGUGAAGAUGAUGAUAUAUAUUUCCGUGUUGUUAAAAAAUUAAAAAAAUCGAUAACACGUUAUCCAAUUGAAAUAGCUCGUUAUAAAAUGAUUCGUACACAUGGUCAUACAGCUGCUGAAUCAAAUUCACAUCGUCUUACGAUAUUAUAUUCAAAAUAUGAUUAUAAUCUUGACGGUAUAAAUACAACAAAUUACACAUUACAUAAUAUAGUUUUUUAUAAAUUAUUUACAUUGAUUAAUGUAACAUUACCUGAAGAAUCAUUCGAACAUAUUCGUACACGUUUACAUAUAAAAAAUAAAAAAUAA